UACACAAUGGAGCUUGGUCGCGGCGUGUCCCCGAUCGUGAAGGAGGGCGAGGACGUCUACUUCAACUGUAACGUGGAUUCCAACCCGCCGACCUACAAGAUCUCGUGGUUCAGGAGGAGCCAGGCCAUCCUGCACAACCCCGCACAAGGCAUCCUGCUCAGUGGCAACAGCCUGGCCCUGCGCGGCAUCACCAGGCAUCAGGCGGGGCCCUACACCUGCUCCGCCUCCAACGUCGAGGGGGACGCCCACAGCCCCCUGCUCACCCUCCACGUCAACUACGCCCCGGUGUGCGCGGCGCGCGGGGCGGGGCGGGUGCUGGCGGUGGGGCUGGGGCAGCAGGUGAACGUGACCUGCCAGGUGGAAUCGGCGCCGUCCGCGGUGAGGUACUCGUGGGUGUUCAACAACUCGCUCACCUCACACCGGCUGCCCGGCGACCAGGUCUUCAUCAUGCCAGACGGAGGCAGCGCCGUGCAGUUCGUGGCUCGCACCCACCAGGACUACGGGACGCUGCAGUGCUGGGCCCAGAACCACGUAGGCAAGAUGACCCAGCCCUGCCUCUUCCACUUGGUGCCCGCUGGUCGUCCGGAGCAGCCUGCGCGAUGCCUUGUGGUUAACAAGACAUAUAACUCACUGGUGGUGGAAUGCACUCCUGGGUUUGACGGUGGCCUCCAGCAGGUGUUCAUUGCCAAGGUGUUCGAGGCGGUGACGGGCCGGGGACAGGUGAAUGUGACCUCCGAGUCCCCGACCUUCACCCUGGAGGGCCUCACACCUGGCCUCGACUACAUCAUCCAGGUGACGGCGAGGAACAAGCUGGGCAGCUCCAACCCCGUGAAGCUGGAGGCGCUCACCUACAAGAUGGCCGAGAACAGGAUGAGGGACGAACAGGGCGGUGAAGACGGGAGCAGCGGCAACGGACCUGGCGGUGGACUGCUACUGGUGAGCCUGGUGGUGGCGGCAGCUGUGGUGACGGUGGCGGGGGCGGCGGGUCUGGCUGGGCGCUGCCUCUGGGCGCGGCGGCACGACAAAGAUCUGAUUACCGGUGGAAACAGGUGA